AAUAAUGAUGACGAAGAGAGACGUGAUGACGAUGAUGAAGUUGACAACACUGAGCAUGAUAAUAGGAAUAGCGAUGAUGAUGAUGAGGAGGAGGAUGAAACUGAGGAACGUAUUGAUGUCAGUGGUGAAGAUGGUAUCGAUGAACAAGGUAACAGCGAUGCUGAGGAGGUGGAGGAGGAUGAAAAAGACGAUACUCAAGCAAAGCCAAGCCCUACUGAAGCUUUUACUCAUGAGGUAGACGACUCGGAUGAACCUGGACAGUCUGAUGAUCCACCAGCAGAAGUUACCGAGGGGCAGAUUCCAGGGCAGCAGCAAUCCAGUGAAGAGGAGGUGGAGGACGAAGAGGAGGAGGAGGAGGCGAAGAGUGAUAACGAACCUAUUCAGACUACAGUGGAAGAAGAAGAUAUCGUGUCGGCGGCAAAUGCUGAGAUUGGUACUGCUGUACUUUCCGGUAAGAAUCCACAGGGCGAUGAUUAUGAUGACAAAGAGGAUGCGAAUGGUAGAAAGGAUGCUGUCAGUGGUGCACCUGUUGAGAAGGGGCGCACGGUUACUAGUAGACAUGCGAACCCAACAGUUGAAGAGGUUUCGGAUAGCGAUGAACCUCCAGAGUUUGUUGCCGAUGAAGAGGACAAUGAGUUGGAAUGGGACGUGGAGGACUUUGAUCUUCCCAAAAAGAAAAGCUCAAAGACUACCUCUAAGGUUGACAAAGAGGGCUUAGAGGUUGAUAAACUUAAAAAAUCCUUCUUGGACACCCUUAAGAGUGAAGCAGAGCAGAAAAAAGUUGUGGAAACCGAACCAAAGAAAAAAGAAAAGCCCAGUAAAGGCUUGAAUGCGAAAAACUUCCAAGUUGUAGAAGAGAAGAAACCGGGAAAGGAUUCCUCAAGAAAUGCACCUGCGCGGCAAGUUAAAAAUGCUCCUGGCUCCGCCAGGAGAGCAACAAAAGAUAGCCCGCCUAAACCCGAGCCUGUGAAAUUGGGAAAGACAAGUGUUAAAGACGAAGUUGAAAAUACGUCAAAACAUUUAGCAAAUUCUAAACCUAUCGAUAGUACUGCUAAACCUUUGAAAGCCAAGUCUAAAGCGGUUGAAGAUGUCAGCUUGGACAAAACGGAAAAACGUAAGACUGGAAAGCAAAGAAAAGAUGGCAAACAAAAUUCGACAAUGUCCGAAGUGCAAUCUUCGGAAAUGAAAGCUGCGGUAAAACCUGUUAAGGCGAAAUCUGCAUCAUCUUCUUCGCUUCCAACUGGUGAUAUUGAUCAGCAGAGAACUCAAACAGCUUUACCAGCAAAGGAAAAGAAAAAGAAAAGAGCAAGUACAGAGUUGGCAAAGGAUUUGCAAUCGCACAAGAAAGAAACAGACUCUGUUGUUGAGCAAAAGCGAACAGAAUCAAGGAAGCCACGAACAAGCGAUAGCGAUACAGUGUCAGAUUCUUCAGCAAGGCAAAGAACACAGAAAACAAGCUCUACGGCAUCAGUUGCAAAGCAAAAGAAAUCAAAUGCAGCUGUUUUGAAAGCUGACAAGGAAAGAGCUAAGGCCGGUGACAGUAGCGAAUUAAGACAAUCCAAACCUAAACGAACUGCUCCUAAGGCUAUUGUUAAUCAAGCAAGACACGAAGAUGACCGUAAUUUCGAGAAUAAAAGACACAGCGGUGUUCUCGAGAAAAGUGUGCCGGAGGCAAAGACGAAGUCUCGAGUUAGACCCACAAGCAAUGGACAUCUGUCUAGUUCACAAGAAAAGCUUUUAUCCCAGUCUGUUCAACGUGAGCGAGGAGCAAAAGAACGUGACACUCACAGACACGGAGGCCCUGCUCAUGGGCAUCACCACGCCCACGAUAGAAGCAAACACGUGUGGCUGUGUAGAGAUGAUGAAAUUCAUAAGCUCAUAGCACAAAAGGCAUCCUUACUUAAGGAAUAUGAAUCAGGAAGCUUGGCUGGCAGAAAAGUCUGUAAGUAACUACGGUAGUAAUGCUGAGGAAAAUGUUCCUGGUGUUUAAUGACCACUUCUCAUGCGCCACCGAUCCAUAGCCGACACCACAGACGAAACUAAACUUCUGGUUAAAGUGCCUAUAACCUAAAAUUUUAUAUUUUCUUAUCUGAAACUACACUUUAUUAAAAUAACUUCUGCGAAAAAAUUUUGCGAUUUGAACCAAAGACGAUUUUUUUUUAAUUUUUUUAAAAGCGUUCAAAUUUGCCGCCAUUUUGGCACACCAUUCGUCUUAGUCUUCUCUCGGAGUAUGACGUUAUAUGACGUACUUUAAGGAACACGUGACUUUAUCGACAGGAAAACAUUAACAGUUCUGGUAGGUUUUUCUGUUCCAGAAAAACUUUCUUCUUGCGAAGACAUUGUGAUUCAAUCCUUACUUGUAAUUGAUCUUUCUUGUGUACAGCUGAUGAAGGCGAGUUCCUUAAUUUACGUCACAUGACGUCAUAUGUGAGCCUGCUAGUUUGCGUGACCAUCGUCGCGGGUGUACCGCAAAAAUGUAGACUUCAAAAAUUGGUUAAAAAAUCGCGUUUUGUUCAACCGCAAAAUUUUUUUCGCAGAAGUUAUUUUAAUAAGGUAUAGUUUCCGAUAAGAAAAUAAAAAAAUUUAGGUGAUGGCACUUUAAGUCUGUGGAUCAAUUUAGGUUCCUAGGAAACUGCCCACCUACCCCUCCCCUAAGUCAUCAGUUUGCCCUAAGUGAGAAGUAAGUGAGAAGUAAGUGUUAAUUUAGGUUUCUGGGAAACUGCCCACCUACCCCUCCCCUAAGCUAACAUUAACACUUACUUCUCUUCUCUUUGGCUCUUUGGCUCUGUUCUCAUAUCGGAACAGUAUCCUAGGUGGUAUCAGCGGCUAGGUCGCAGGUGGAUUUGCUAUGAGAACGAAGCUUCAAAUUGGCCUCAUUUCUUAUCAGCCAGAUUAUAAGUAAAAGUGUUGUUUGUUGAAAUCGGAGAUAAGUAGAUUGACUAGGAAGUUGGAAAACUGUUUUAAGUGUAUUAAAAAAUUGUCAAAAAUUGUCCAUAUGAAAAGAAAAUUGGCACCUAUAAAAAGCAGUGAUGAAUAGCCGUAGUUGUCUCCAAGCGCCCGUUGUUCAAAGUCUGGAUAGAGCUUCACCCCGGAUAAAUCGGCACUAAAUCCAGCGGAUAAGUACCGGUAUUAGAGUUAGAAAUGGCGUUAUCUAAUGAAUAGUGAUUUAUCCAGUGAAUAGCACUAUCCAUCUUUUGAACAACUGGGGCCAAGAGACGAAUUUAUUAUAACAGCACACAUUACAGCCAUUUUACUACUGCAGUAGCAAUGCGACCUUCGACCAUAAUCUGAAGUUCUUCAUAAAACUCUAAAUUGGGUUUUAAGUUUCAGGUCACAAAAGCCGUUACAAAAGAGAAGAGGAUCUAGCUGAUCUCCCGGAUGUUGGGUUCAUAAGUAGCAAAGAGGCCAGGAGGCAUCAGUCUCGGCCUCUGAGCGAGGCUAUCCCAGUAAUUUUUUUAAAAGCGUUCAAAUUUGCCGCCAUUUUGGCACACCAUUCGUCUUAGUCUUCUCUCGGAGUAUGACGUUAUAUGACGUACUUUAAGGAACACGUGACUUUAUUGACAGGAAAACAUUAACAGUUCUGAUAGGUUUUUCUGUUUCGGAAAAACUUUCUUCUUGCGAAGACAUUGUGAUUCAAUCCUUACUUGUAAUUGAUCUUUCUUGUGUACAGCUGAUGAAAGCGAGUUCCUUAAUUUACGUCACAUGACGUCAUAUGUGAGCCUGCUAGUUUGCGUGACCAGCGUCGCGGGUGUACCGCAAAAAUGUAGACUUCAAAAAUUGGUUAAAAAAUCGCGUUUUGUUCAACCGCAAAAUUUUUUCGCAGAAGUUAUUUUAAUAAGGUAUAGUUUCCGAUAAGAAAAUAAAAAAUUUUCGGUGAUGGCACUUUAAGUCUGUGGAUCAAUUUAGGUUCCUAGGAAACUGCCCACCUACCCCUCCCCUAAGUCAUCAGUUUGCCCUAAGUGAGAAGUAAGUGAGAAAUAAGUGUUAAUUUAGGUUUCUGGGAAACAGAGACGGAAUCCUUGUUGUAGGCCCCCACCUGUGUACCAGGAUUUGAGUACGCGCCAUGAUUGGCUUGUUGAAAAAUACCAUUGUCGAAUGGCCAAUCAGGUUGAAGGGAGAUUCGAAGCGCAUUUCCGGUAAUUCGUUGAGUCCUUUGGGGGCCCAGACAACAAGGAUAUAGGUGCCGCUUCGUAGACUUUACCUACACGGGGCUAGAUUACGUCUACGACGCAGGCUAAGGAUCCACCAUCGGUAUGAUAACGUACGCCGCCUUGAGCAAGAAACAACGCAGGUCUCAACCGCCGGCAUAACUGCGAAGUUGAGCUCGAGUUAAGUUUGCAGGCGUGCCGGCGGUAAAGACUGGGAUGGCUCUUUGGCUCUUUGGCUCUGUUCUCAUAUCGGAACAGUAUCCUAGGUGGUAUCAGCGGCUAGGUCGCAGGUGGAUUUGCUAUGAGAACGAGGCUUCAAAUUGGGCCUCAUUUCUUAUCAGCCAGAUUAUAAGUAAAAGUCUUGUUUGUUGAAAUCGGAGAUAAGUAGAUUGACUAGGAAGUUGGAAAACUGUUUUAAGUGUAUUAAAAAAUUGUCAAAAAUUGUCCAUAUGAAAAGAAAAUUGGCACCUAUAAAAGCAGUGAUGAAUAGCCGUAGUUGUCUCCAAGCGCCCGUUGUUCAAAGACUGGAUAGAGCUUCACCCCGGAUAAAUCGGCACUAAAUCCAGCGGAUAAGUACCGGUAUUAGAGUUAGAAAUGGCGGUAUCUAAUGAAUAGUGAUUUAUCCAGUGAAUAGCACUAUCCAUCAUUUGAACAACUGGGGCCAAGAGACGAAUUUAUUAUAACAGCACACAUUACAGCCAUUUUACUACUGCAGUAGCAAUGCGACCUUCGAACAUAAUCUGAAGUUCUUCAUAAAACUCUAAAUUGCGUUUUAAGUUUCAGGUCACAAAAGCCGUUACAAAAGAGAAGAGGAUCUAGCUGAUCUCCCGGAUGUUGGGUUCAUAAGUAGCAAAGAGGCCAGGAGGCAUCAGUCUCGGCCUCUGAGCGAGGCUAUCCCAGACAGGGCUCCAUACAGCUCACAGCGCAAAGAUAAGCGACGCUCACUUCAACUCCGAUACUCUGGCUCCUCUUCAGAUGACGACGAGAGAACAAACAGAGCUGUUGGGUCAAAAAGAGGUGGCACUUUUGCAGUGGGUUUAGCCGCAAGAAACAUUGAUCAUAAAGAUGUGGGCGGUGGAGAGAGUGAGUCAGAUCACGAGGAGACUUGUGAGUACUGCGCGGCAGAGAAGGUGAGUUAACACCUCUGAACUCAUUCACAGGAGUGUUAGACCCAGUCCAAACGUCAAACUUUUCUUGUACCGAACUUAUACUUGUUUGGGUCGACCCAAAUGUUACAAGUUCGACGGUUGAUUCAGACGUUGAACUUAAUUACUCAGACUCAAUUCAUUUUUACCAUGUACCAGUUAAAAUAAAUUGUAUUUUUCAAUGUGUUUGGUUCGGCACGUGAAGAGUUCGACGUUUGAAACUAAGUCGCUUCACAAUCGAAAUUUCCAUGUGGGCCACUCGAACGUAAUUCAUGGGUCGACCCAAAUUAGGUAUUAGUCGGACUUAAUUGUUCAAACAACGAUCUUUUCAUGUACUUAAUUGAACGGAUUAGGUUAGGUACAUGAAAGGUUCGACGUUUGAACUUGGCCCCAGGUAGCCUUCAGCGCGGGCGUCUUCUGGGUGGCGCACGAGCACUUCAUUUUGCUCGGGUCAAUAAGAUGUGAUGUGCUAGUCUACGGAGACAGGGGAGGGGGCGAGUGUAUUUCCUCCCUCCGCCUCCCUUACUAGGCACUUCGUUCUCUCAGUCUUGCGUUCACUCUGUUGAUCGUUGUCUUUACUCUCCACGAUUUUUAAUACUCGACUUUCGAAAUAAAAAUUGGCGAGCAUACUCUGGUCAGCGGUGUUUCGCCUAAAAGCCAGGUCUGCUCUAUAAAUCUUCGGGACACGUAACAGUAUUUUUGAAUUUGUGGACGAAAUCUUCACACGAGUGAAGUGACAUAGCCUUAAAGACAUUUCCAAUUUCCAAAAUAAACUUUUUUGAUACCCCUGUGCGUUCUAAAAACUGGCGUAUUUUUUAGAUUAAAGCUCUUUUUUUCGCGUUUUUAUUGACUUCGUCUCGGUCCAUAGAUACAUGUAGGCAAAAAUGAACUUGGCCAAUAUCCAGCUAACUUGACCUCACGUUUGGUUAAUAACGUAUAUUUAUAGUUAAAUUUUUUAACUUGAGGUUACUUCCAGCUUUGCUUCUAAUCUAAGAUGCUUGCUGAUUGAGAUAAUUCGUGUUUGUUAGUCGAGUUUGCUUCCCCUAACACUUCACACAAUCGGCUCUUGUGCUAACAAAAAAACUCCCAUAACUCGUCAAUUCUUGGAAGCAAGCGCGCUCUUUACUGUUCAGCUUUCCCUUGCUUAGCUUAGCGUUGAUAUUGUUCUUUUUCUUCCUUCACUUUAUCUGGUUUCGUAUCCGCUUUCUCUGCUAUAAAUUGUAAGAUGUCGUGGGACGAGUACGUGAAGAACUGUAAACAGGCAGUGACUCACAGACAGCAGCAGCAUCAACAACCGCCGCAGCUAGAUGAUGGUCCGCGCACUUUACCUCUUCAGUUGCCGCUGCAAUCUUUCCGCUUGCCUGGACCGUCUCUCGAUGAUCCUGUAAGUCUUUUUCUGCCCUCGCGUUACUCCAAUCUACGAUGCUUUACAGCUCAACAGGCAUUCAGACGUUUUCGCUUUUAUAUCAGCAGAUUAAGCUUCUAUGCUUGUUAGUUCAUUGAAAGAGCACUCGACGUUGAAGUCCGUCCAAAAAAAAAUUGGUUUGCGACCUGUUUCUCUUUCCUAUUUUAGCCGUAAAUUUCAUACACUCUUCACUGACGGUUUUGCCCUUCUUUGCGCUCGUAUUCAUUGAUCCAUUUUGAAUACACUUGACUCGUACUCGCGUAGAUUCGUCAACUCUACUUUAAUCAUAGUCAUGAUGUCCUCUCAACUUUCAUUUAACUAAUGAAUUAAUGACUUGUUUAUUGACACCUUUUGCUGCUUAGAGCUAACGCAGAUACAGGCCAGUUAUAUAAACAAUACAUAAUUAGGACACUAAGCGGUAGCGUAUUUUACAGUUACAAAAUUCGCGAAACGAUCAGUAUUCGAUAGUAAGUUGGUAAAUGGUCGAUUUGAACGUGUACAGUAAGCCGAAGAUGAGUGAAGUGCGCUUGUUUUUAUCAAAAAUUGUGGGAGCGAGAGGGUGGCUUUAGGCAAGAAGUUUCCACGGGCUUACUGCGUUAUGAAUUUUUUCUCUAUUUUUCGGUGUAGGUAAAGUAGUAUCAAUUCCACGCAAGAAUGUUUUUUUUUUUACCAGGAAACGAUCCAUCCCCUCCCCUCAAAAAUUGGUCCCACUGCGGGGGAGUAGUGCCUUCUGGGAGAUCCGUCCGCCAUUUUGUCUUUUUUCGACAUAGACGCGACUUACCGUUAAGUUCCUGAAGUAACGACCCUCCGAAAGUAGCGACCCUUCGAAAGUAGCGAUAAAGUUUCAAUGGGUACGUUUUAUCUUUUUUUUUUUCAAAAAGUCCUCCUUUCGUCUGUGAAUACCCACACCGUAAUCAAACAAUUCUUUUGAAUAUUUAUUUAAAAAGCAAUAACAUGAAAUAAGUUUCUCCAAGUAAAAAGUAUGGAUCUUUCCACAAUUUUCGCGAAAUUAUAUGGCUCGUACGACCCACGUACGAUACAUGUUUUAGCUACCCGUAAGUGGCGACCUCCUGAAAGUAGCGACCCUCCGAAAGUAGCGAUAGGAAAAGGCUGCUAACUCCGAAACUCGUUACUUUCGGAACUUUAUCUUAGUUCAGUUUUGAUUGGGUAUUGCCACAGUGAUACCAAUAAAGACCCCCACUAUAACUAAUUAGCUACCUGACAUUAGUUUCCAUACGCUAAGAGCCUGCUCACAGCUUAAAGAAACACCUCAUCGUAUUCCAGCUCCGGAGCGAGUUUACGAAGUUGCGAGUUUGUUGAUCGUUGUCUUGGUAUACGUGUUGACGGGGUCUAAAUAAAUGCCGCCAGAUUCUUACUCUAACGGGCAGGUUGCUCGGAACACCCGGCCUGAUUUUGCAUUUUUUAUAAAUCAUGUAAUCUUGGUCGAUUUUUGUCGCCUAAAGAAUUAACGAACCAAAUCGAAAAAUGCACGUUAAUCGAUUAUUUCCUAAAAGCAAGCGAGUUAUCUUUAAACCGCGUUCUCUUUUUAGCAUCUGUAAUAUUUGCCUGUCUUUUUAGCGUUUACCUCUUUGAAAAAGGGACGAUUAGCGCCUGAAUGAGAUUUUCCUGCAAAUGGAACUUUUUUUCUACAUAAGUGCUGGCAGAAUAAGCUAUUAAUCAAGCGAAUCUUCAGUUUGAAUGUAACAUAUUUUAUAUUCAAACCUUUCUGUCAAGUUAAUUGCGGACACAGCUAAUGCAGUUGUAAAUUCGGAGUCUGUGGAUGAAAUCCUGCAGCGUGACCAUUCAAAUGAAAGCUCUUCGGAAGCGCUUUCGCAUCCGUGACACUUUUUUUUUUCCACAAUCUUCGAAAAGAAUUUUUUGAUUUGUCUCAAGUUUUGGUUUAAGCGCUCUUGGGAAUGAAAGGGUCAAAUGAAACAGGUUAAUUAUUUUGGCUGGGGAUAUGUUUUAUUGGUACAAUUCAGAGAUAAAUAAUUCACCCAAAACCACUGCUGUGAUGUAAUAUAUGGAUACGAGUUAACUCUGUCAACAAUGAGGAAAGACUUAUUUCAAUAGGGGAAAAAUUCGAUCUCCAAAAUUUUCAACUGCGAUACUUUUAUUUGUUUUAAUUAUGGGGCAGUUGACCAUGGUUAUUUGAACUUCUAAUUCACCAUUAGCGUCCUUUUUUCUGACAUUUUUCACCGAACACUUAAUGUAUCUUCAUCAAACUUGUAUUCUUGACGACUUGCAUGAUUUUGUAUGUUUUUUCGUUCAGUUUGUUGUUUAUAAUAUAUGAGUGUGAUAUUUACUUUCGGUGCUACAAUUCUCACUGAUGUCAUUCUAAUUUUUAAAAGAUCAAAACCCUUAACAUUAAUUUACAGAACUAACAUUUCUUUUUUUUCUAGGCUGCUGCCGCCGCCAAGGCCCGAGAGAAAAAUCCAGGUACGAGUAAUCGUUGAAUUAAAUUUUUGUUUAUUCUUUCAAAGAAGUUUUGUUCUGCGCUCAGACAUUCGCAUAACAAAAACCCUUGUGGGCUAAAUUAAUGUGUAAGCGAAGUCAGAACGUUCUUGUAUUUUUUCUAGAGUUUUUUGUUUUUAUUUAUAUAGAAAAAGCGCGAAAAUAUAGCAUUGUUUUUGCGAAAUUAAAAGAAUUUAAUAAGUUCUUAUUUCUUUUACGAGCGCUACUUAGUUCGCGAGCGUUAGAAUCGUUUGUUAUGUGAGCUUCUUAAGGAAGAAUACGAUGAUAUCUCGAGCGACACCCUAAAUUGCCAAUUUUGUGUUAAUUUUGAACUAAAUGCUUUCACGGCGGCUUUUCAGUUCACUUUUGGCUGUUUUGUCCAGUUUUAAAAACCAGGCUAAAUUACGUCUGCGUUUCCACAAGCAUUGGCUAAAUCCGCGAACUCCCAGAGAGCAGUUUCGUGUCGAGCUGAAAUUUGUGCGGUCGACGUCGUAAUUGUCUGCGGACACUCUUCUAAUUAAUACACAGCAGCGAUCGGUUUUUUCUUGUAGCGCUGGUUAAAGCACAGGGAGCCCACACAAUAAAUGUGUGUGUAAUCGAUUGUUAUUUUAUUGUAAAUGUACUGGAUAUUGGAACAGUCAAAGGCAAACUCAAAAUCGCUAAAAAACCGCUUUUGAGGCAAAAGGACGACGAUAUAGCACAGGUAAAGUAAUUUAACGUUUAUUAAACAUUGUUAGCGAUAUAUCGUUAUAGGUGAAGCGAACGGUAAAUCCAGUACAUUUACUGUAAAAUAACAGUCGGUUACACACACAGACACUGUGUGAGGGCCCUGUGGUUAAAGAUCUGAGAGGCGAAGUAAUGAGGGCGUUUAAUGUUUCUUCGAAUAAGCUUAUUCGCUGCUUUUUAAUUUCUCAGGCUUCUGAUUUGCUUCUUUAAAAAAUCCCAUUUGCUCGUUUGCGUAAAAUUGACAUUGGACGUUGUAAUACACCGAUUCUAGUACGAGACGGAAGUUGCAUUCUAUCAGGGUUAUCUGGAAUCUCCGGCGACCGGCGAAUAUUGCCGUCUCAAUCGCAAUCUUUCUCCCAGGGUUCUCUUCUUCCCGUCUAGGAGAGAACCCUGGGAAUGAGGUUGGUUCAGUCGUCAUAUAAUCGACGGCUACUCACAGAAAUAAUAGAUCGGUCGUCUUGGUUUCGCAACACUUUGUGGGACAAAAACAAACAUAUGGCAACCACCAACAGCACACUGUGAGGUUAAAAAAAGUUUAUAAUGUGUUUUAUCAAAUGGCGACGAGUGAAAUCCAAUUUUACGAGUAUGGCGUAUGUGUACCUAUUAAUAUCAUAGGUGACAAAUUACACUCACAAUCUUGAGUUUUGCCUCUUUCAUUCUAUCGAAAACACCACGCACUAAAAAGUUUAAGGCAUACAGCUGUUUCGAGUAAAAGAAAGUGCACGCGACAAUCCUGAAAGGCAUUGUGGGUGGCUUCGAGUUUGCUGUUCUUCAAAGAAAUUUGAAAGCAUGGCAGGAGAGGCCAUGGACGUAUGUUUUCGAGUGCUAAAGGAAAGCAACAAAAGUAGUUUCGACAGCUACAGUGUCAGGAACAGUGUAUUGAGCAUAUCCCAUAUUACCUUUCGGGAUUGUCGCGGGCACAUUUUUUCCGACAACCUCGCAAAAUAUGUAAGGUUCACAGUUUUCGGCAUUAUCGUAAAAGUUUAUCCUUUUUGCUUUUUGAGUUUUCCUCUUUUGUGUGUUUAGGUUUUCUGCAGCGUGCCGUGACAUCUUUGUUCGUAACAUCUUUAAAGCUGGACGCCAUCUCGGCACUGACAUUUAAGAAGCGUUGCCAUAGUAAAUUUGUAAUUUAGCAUGUGACCUCGAUUGGCUCCUUAUUUUGAUCAAGGAUAGGGUAGACAACAACAACAACACUUUAUUUCACCCCAUAAUAUACAAGAAAUAACAUUUUAUAACAAUAGUACAGACGAUGAUAGGGGCGCUGGCUGCCCGAAAUAACCUAAGAGUUAAAAAUGCCAGGCAGCCAGUUGAAAGAAAAGAUGUUUAAAUGUUUAGGUCAGGGACACAAGAACAAAGAAAACAGAGAAACACACACAAAUAGUUAAGUAAACUACCAGUAUAUAAAGAGACUAAAAUUCAUACAUUGCAAAACAGUAUUAUUUCCAUUUUAAAGUUACCCAGACUAAUAGACGAUCGGUUGAUGAAGGGCUUAUGUCACACUUUUGGUUAUACCGUCGGUUGCAUCUAAGCGUGGACACGAGACAAAAAAUCAUGUUCUAAUAGGCUGCCAGACAUGACGUGUUUUGCCUCCAAACAUUUGAAGUUUGACAGCCGUUAAAGCCGCCCGCUGUCGCGCCAAAGGUACGUUGUUCAUAUGUUUUUGAUCAGCGAGUUUCGCUCCGCCGGAUAUUUCAUUUUUCUCAACUUUUAGGCCUAUUUCUCGCUCAGAAACAGCACACUUGCCUCCAGAAAUUAUUCUUAACCCAUGAUUUUUCCUCACGUGCACACGCUUCGAUGCAACCGACGGUAUUUUUCAAAAAGCUAAAAGGUGUAUUCGCAUCAACUGAAUUCCAAAAAUAAUGGGCCAGUUUUGAUCUUUAAGACUAUAUGAAGGCAUUGAAAUUGUUUCCGAUCGUAUGUUGCUACGGAUGGCAAGGAUGGACAUGGAUUAAAAUUUGAAAAGAAAGUAGGGCAUUUUUUUCAAGUUUUAAUGCUAUGCCUACAAAGCAAGAGACUAUAAAGGGGACAGAGAGAGCAUCCCCCAUAUACACCCUAUUCCAUAGGUAAUUCGUCUCGAGUUAUUUUUAACACCACAGAUCUCAAGGGGGAUUAGACAACAGCCAAUCACAUAGCGCGAAUGUGUUCCGCGUGGAUGGCCCACGUUGAGAGCCACGCGUCCUUCACGAAAUGACGCAGAACAAAAUGGGGGAAGACGCGGAGAGCGAUUUUGCUAUUCCUUUUGUCGACGAAAACGACUACAGCGAGAUUUCUGCGAAAGCUGUGUCAGCGAAACCAAAAUUAAAAAAGAAUCGCCCUUCCUCUCUUGUAUAGAGCUAACAGUAGAGCAGGGAAAUCCUUAACACACUGAAUAUUCUCUCAGGAUCAUUUAUAAUUUACAGUUUGAAGAGAGCAAUUUCCGGUUUGAUGUUUAUUUUUUUCAGUCUUUAUAGCGAUUAUUCCUACCCACUUACUUUGUCAAUUGUAGGCGAACCCUCCUAAAACUGAAUUUCAAGGGACUAUAUUCAAGCUCAGAAAGAGAAAUAAAAUUUCGUCGUUGCUUAUUUACGUCCUCCAUAAAACGCGAAAUUAAGCAUUUUCGCGUCGUAGUCGUGCAAAAACGGGAAAGAAAUGAACAACAAAGUGUGUUGCACGUGCGAAGUUGUUGUUUUGCUAAUUAAACCUAUUGUUUUUUUGACGUUCUAGUUGUCGUCCGCGUCAUUGGAUCUUAAACUCCCUAAUUGUACAAACGACCGGUUUCAAUAGACCGGCGAAAUUUCUCAUUUUAUUAAAGCACUGAGGUUACGACAACUUCGAGUUAAACUGAUUUCACGGGUUGUCAAAGAGUCCAGCGAUUCCUUUUUCCUAGGUGAGAGCCGACUCAUUUCGCUUCAAUAUUCAGGAAUGCUCUCGAUCUUUUUACGCUUUCAUUGCCUCUCGCCCGACAUGUUUUGCACGGCGUUUGGUCAUGCGAAACCUCCACGAAACAUCCACGCCUCGCGCGAGGUAACUUUAUCCUUCUAUUCUAAAAAUAACUCGAGACGAAUUACCUAUGGAAUAGGGUGUAUAUGGGGGAUGCCCUCUCUGUCCCCUUUAUAGUCUCUUGCUAUAAAGUUCUUCAAAUUAUUAUGGUUAGUGGCCUCUAAGAAGUUUGUGUGUUAUCUUCUUCAACUCUACAGGAGCAUUUAGUGUGUGGGUAAAGACACUAGAUAAUUGACAGAAAACAGCAAUAUCCUGGUGACUUACCCCCUUUAAGCAUUGUAGAGACGCAGAGACGGUAUGGGAAUUAGCGGCAGCAUCUGUACAAGAGGGCCAAGCGAAACGGUAGUUAAGGUUCAAACAAGGCCCAUAAAACUCUCACGCAAAUAUUUUCAAUGUGGCAUACGUUUACCGAGUCCUUUCUUCAUUACAGUGCUUUGUUUUUAAAACUUGUCCAAACAGAAUGCUGCAAAUUGUCCUCAAAUGAAUGCCUAUCAACCAUGUUUAUAGUUUAAUUUUUUGUCGUACCUAUUUUGUCGAAGUGGUGUUUUUUUUACGUUUAAUUGUUAUAAGAAAAAGAAAAACAUUUGCAAUAUUAAUAAUAAAAGAUAUUCAUUUUGUUGAAAUGUUGACUUUUCAACAUUUCAUAAAAACAUCGGCAAAAAAUGAUAGCAAAAGAGAUUUAUGUCUGAGGGGCUAAUUCUCAUCUUUCCGCGAUAGUAUAACAAGAGAUAGCCCAGUUUUCGAGAUUGCAAUGUUAAAAAUUUAAACCAAAAAGUGGAUAUUACCGCAGUUGAAAAUAUGUAAUUGGUGUUUCUGAUUUUAUUUACGGCAACGAAGCUAUUCAGUUUAAAUAAAUAUUUAUCCCUUUUCAUGCAGUCAGCAUAAACUAUUAAAAGGCUUUUACAUGAGUUUAAUUAAGAUUACAUGUGGGUGAGACGCAAUUCAGAGCUUUUUUACGCUGUGUAUUGUAUAAUAUGAAGCGAAAAUAGUUUUCUGUUAUUAAAUAUUCCCCCUCGUCGCGUCAGUGAAUGUGAAUUGACAAACAAAAUUAAAAGAAUUGCUUGUUUGUUAGUAUUCUUUAUUUAUUCUAGGUUUUCUUAUAGCGAUUCAAUCAACAUGCAAGAUGUUUUUUCAGUCUUUUUCUGGUCUCAUUUAAAACAGACAACGUUCGCCUAAACUGAUUUUUCAAACGUUUUAAGUGGUUGGAUUUUUAGUUUUCAUUUUCGAUUUCCUCGUGUAUGAAACCUUCUUAACAACAGUCACACAAAAAAGUGCGAGUGGAUUGCUAAAAACUAGAAAAACAAUUAAAUUGGCAACUGCUCCUUCAUUUUGCAACGCAAUAAAUAUGUUAAAUGAGAACAUUUCAACGGGCUGCCGGUCUUUUUAAGCGAUAUUACGCUAAAGGCUGUAUCAAUUAGUGGUAUUUCCCUUGUUUUCCUGCUGUUUUGUUUCAGGAAAGCGUUGUAAAAUUACUUUGGAUGCCUGUAGCUAUAAACAUGAGGUGUAUUUUUAACCUUCGACAGCUGACUGUUAGCUUGUGCCACUGCAUCCGCGAACGUAAAUUUCUUACGUAGUUCUGUCUACGAGUUUUUAUAUUUUUUCACGCAUUUUGUUCAUAAAUUUUUAAUUAGCUGUAGACCGUGGGCGCCCCUGUCAGAUCCAGUCUGUCAUAUAUUAUUAUAAAACUGGUCGGACCAUAACAGACACUCCUCACUUCACUCUCUUUGCCUUUACGUGAAGUUUAGUUGUGUGCUUUUCGGCGCGCUUUCAUGUACGCGCGAGUCCUUCGUGGCACGCCUGACCGUUUGCGCGGGAAAAAGUAGAAAGCCCCACGCUUGGAUUCUAAUGACGGGCCUUUAAUACGCGAAAUGGUUUCCGAUGUGUGCGAGUUAAACAUUCCGGAAGUGAAACUGUUCUUCCGAUUCUGCGAGCACAGAGAUAGCGAUGUCCUGCCAGUGGGUAUGAAGUUUGCGAAAGCUAUCUUUUCAACUUCUGCUACUCAAUUUGUGAUCCACAAUUGAUGCGAUAAAACUGAUUUGCUAUCCGGCUCUGUCUGCUUGGAAGGCGAGCUGCAAGCGAGUUUGGCAACAGCUGCUGUGAAAGUCUUUUUAAGUGCUAAAGCUUAGCUUAGUUUUCCUUUUUUUUUUGUUUUUUUUUCAGCUUGGGAAGGACCUCACCAUCCUCGAAAUCUACUAUUGGGAGUUGUGUACACUUCAAAGGUAAGCCAAGGUUAUUUUUUGAAGUAGAAAUGAUCUAACAAUGACGGAUUUUGUGGUUUGCGGGUGUCGAUAAGUCGAGUAUAGUUACAAAUUUCACCCUCAUUUAGUGUCAAACUCAAAUUUAGGUUUUCCACCAAGAUAACUUGAUAACGACACAACUAUGUUUGGUCACGUUUCCUCUUUUUUUUUAUUUUCAAAUUCAGCUGAAAAUUAUUAAUUUUUGAGUCAAAAAGUUGCUCAGAGAGAGGUCACAAAUUACUGCGAAGAUAUUUAUUAUGACAAUGUGACACGCUGAUAGUCGCAAAUUGGAAUAUGUUUUUGGGCUGAAAUUUGGCGUUUAUUAUCAAAUAUUCACUCCUAGUUUAUUGGAUGAUUCACGUAGGAUUUGGCGUUCAUUUACGUUGUGCACGAUUGAAAAUCUUUUGUAUCCUUCUUGUUUUCGUUGGAUAGCAAUCAUCUCUCCUUUCCAAAUUUGCAUUCGAAAGGUCCGCUAUUGUGUUCACCGACAGGUCAAUUUCCAAACAAUCAACAAUCGGAAAAGUUCCUUUCUUUCCGUCAUUAUCAUACCUCCGCGAUUGUAUAAAAGUCCCAUCUCGUGUGGAAUCACCACAAGUCGACAAUGUCUCCGCUCGCUGUUUACAGAGCGAUUAAUGUUUCCAACGAGGGUGAUAAGUAUGCCUAUAAAGUAAUUCUAAGAUCAGGUUAUAUAAAUUUAAGAAUAACAAACAAGAUUAAUGCAAUUCUUCCACGCUUAAAAUUAAAAAAGAGGUUGUGAAUAUGGGUGAUAUUUGACUGCUAAUUGUAGAAAUAAAUCAGUUAGCUUGGAAGAUGAUAUUCCUGCCGUGCACUCGCUAUAAUAUACUGCAUUUAAGUUAUAAUUAUUUUUAGCGGUAAUAGUUUCAUUGUUUCUUAAAAGUUCGGGAAAGAGCUCCUCGCCGGCUUUUUAUAAUAAUUCUUAGCAAACGAUUCUUUUUCUUUCACAAAAGCCAGGUGGUCCUUCAUCAGUGAUUUUCUUUAAGUCUAACUUAGACUAACUUAGUCUUACUUAGCAUUGAAUGCCUUAUGUGGAAUUCAGUUUAACCAUCUCAGCCGUGUCCGUUACGUCGCAGCGGUAAGAACGCCUUUUUUAGAGCAGAUGUUUAACAUAUUUGUGGCGUAUUAUGACUAUUCUAACGUUCUGAGUCAUCGAGUCAGCAUUUUGAAGGUCAUUGAAAAUCAGUUGUCUGGAUUUUUUCGAGUUCGGAUACUUUUCUUUGCCCUACCAAACCGACCUUAUUUUGUCUCUCUCAACCCCUCCCCCCCCUCCCCCCGCUCUUCCCAAGACUGAGGCGCACCUAACGCAUCUGACUUGAUGAUUUUUCCGGUUUCAUUAUAUUUUUGUUAGUACCUUGGUUCAUCCCAAAUCAUGUCGCCGCAGUCGCCAAAUAAAGCUGUGCGGAUGGAACAAGCUCAGGAGGCCGUGGGACGAAUUAAGGCAAGAGAAGGAAUUCAUUUGAACUGUUAAUUUAAAGUCGUUAUCACUGACUUUAGUUCCCUUGGGGUACUUGGGUUUAUGUUUGCUGGGUAUGUGCCGCUGGCCUCCCAGAGCCCCCACCCCAUUAUAGUCUAUUUUUUGGCCAAUUAUAGACCCCAUCUUAGUCACUUUUUGGAAAAUGUAAUUUUCGCGAUCCCAACUUAGUCUUUUUCUAUUUAUGCAUCUACCUUAUCAAUGUGGUUUCAAGCGGCGGAAUGUAAUGCGGUCAAUGCGAUCUUAUUGUUAAAUUUAAUAAACAACCACUUUCUGAUUUUUUGACAGAGAAUCUUCCCAUUUUGAAACCCUACUUACCCCAAAAACCCGAAAAUUUGCGACCCCAUUCUAGUAAAUCUAUUGAAAAUGCGACCCCAUUAUAGUCACUCCAGUCAUGAAAAUGCGACCCCAUCCAGCGGCACAUCCCUAUUACCCUCUUGUAAGGGAGUACCCCCCCCCCCCCGGGCUUUAGUUCCUUCAAACCAACCCUAAAACGUUCCUUAAUAUACUGUUUCCUUGCCCUGGCGAAAUUGCGACAAACCCUUUUAGUAACCCAUUUGGUCCCCCGCUUUUUUUUUCCGGCAAUAUGGACCUUACGCAACAGGGAGGUAGACCAUAGAAGCGGGCAAAACCUUAGGUNGUCAGCAAGGUGACAGGAACCGCCGUCUCUCCCCCCCCCCCCCCCCCCCCCCCCCCCCCCCCCCCCCCACCCCCCCCCCCCACCGCCCCCCCCCUCCCCCCGCGGCGGGCGGGGGCGCACCCCCCGCCGGCCGCUGGCGGUCGGUUUCCCGCCCACCCCCCGCGUACCCUAACCAACACAAGAGCAAACACAAAGAGGAAGCCCCCCAACACCACACCCCACGCCCCACGACACACAACACAACCCAACCACACCGCCAAUUUCUGUGUGGCCGUUUUCUUUUUUUUCCGUGCCGAAGGGGGGCGGGACCCCCCUCCCCCCCCCCCCCCCCCCCUCCCCUUUAAACGGGUGGCCACAACACGCUUUACUGUUUUCCAGGUGCCGGAGGGUGAGGAUCAACCUACCACGGAUGUGGAUCUGUUCAUUUCCACGGAGAGACUCAAAGUAGUCAACACUUCAACAAAGGUCAGUGUAGUAACGCGCAGAAUCCCACUAAAUCGCGCACAACGCAGGAAUAACGCCAGUAACGCUAACACGCAGAAUUGCAGUAUUCUGUCUGCAGUUGAUAAUUUUAGACUCGAGAAGUUAUCAUCAGAGUCAAAUUGACACAAGUUGUCGAAGUGUGACUCUGUUACUAUUACCAACAGCCCCGUUCACGACUACACUCGCUCUGACGAUCAUAUUCAUUUUCAUUUUGGACUCGACUCCAGGGUUUAAAAGGCACACAUCGUAAUUUACCCACUUUUAGUACUGUGUAGUAAGUUAACUUAUAGGCGGCAAUGUCUAAAGCUCAUAGGAAAAGCACAUUCCAAUACCACCACGUUUUAAAAAUCGCAAUUCUCCUUGUUCUCCGCAGGAGGUGAUGUUAGACCACGCCCUACGUACCGUCUCUUUUAUCGCUGAUAUCGGCGAUGUCCUGGUUAUAAUGGCUCGGCAACCCCCUGAGGAACAAAGCAACCAGGUGCCGUUGAAACCUUCACAGAUUCUGGCCAGUGUCGGUACAGCACAGACUGAUCACAAGAACAUCAAGAUAACCUGCCAUGUUUUUCAGUCACCAGAGGUUUGUCAAUCUCUUCGGUUUAGUUCUUUAUAAACCGGUUUUUUUUUUACGCUCAACUCCCUUGGAAAUUUGUCGUGACUUUCUUGCGACCUUUCCCACACCAGUUCCCUGACAGACGUUUAAUUACGGUGCCUUCGUUGAUUUACAUUUCAUUUCCGUUGGAACUUUGAAGCUGCUCGAAUGAAGCUUGCAGCUAUUUUCGGAAUCUGAAUCUAUACCACGUCAGCCACGGUUGCUAAUGUUUGAGUGCAUUCGAAAUUUUUCAUAAAGAAAACACGAAGGAGAUAAACGUUUAAUGAGUUUCUAAAUGUAUUAAAAAUACGGCUGAAUGUUAAGCUCCCACUUUCUCGGAGAAAAAAGGAUCAAAGAUUAUUUUAAAAGUGAAUAGCAGAGAAGCCGUUCAAUAAACUCGCAAUUCUUUUUUUAUCGCGUCUAAAAGACUAAGCUCGUAUUUUCAGCUUGAUAAGAAACUCGUACUCUUUUUCCUUAUUAUACCAUACACAGUGCUUUACCAAUCGAUUUUAGAAUAUAUUUAAUUUAUUCUUAAUCCGAAAUAACACGAUCCGAUUCAAUUUUUGACUGGGACCAGUGAGCAAAAAUCCAUUAGCACCACUGGAAAGAACGCCCUGAUAUCUAAAAUCAGUACAUUUGCCAAGUUUUAGAGCGAAUUAUUAAAAACCAACGAAGAUAAAGCUUCGCAAAGUCGCGCAAUUUUACAGACGUUUGUAUAGUUGGGACUUGUAAAAGUUAUAUUAAAUUUACCCCUGGUCUUUUUUAAAACUUGAAAUAAACCGUGAAAGGGUCAAUUGUGCUAGUCGGUGAACUGUGUUAGAAAAAGGAAAUACCUUAAAGUUUCUUUUCUCUUUGUUUUAGGCGCAGGUGAUAGCUAAGAGUAUCGGCCAAGCGUUCAACGUGGCUUAUCAAGAGUUUCUUAGACAGAAUGGUUUGUCAGAAGACGUUGUAGAGGACGCCGAGUACAAUGGCGUGUUAGAAGCACAGAAAAUACUCGGCGAAGAUCUGUCGUUAUUGGCUGAUGAAAAUAGCGCUAAAGAAGUAAGUCAAUUAACUUCACUUGAGUUACAAUUCGAUUCUCUUAACCGAAUGUAAACAUGGUGUCUCUUGGAAUAGUGAAUUAUAACUUAAGUAUUAUUGUAAGGUAUGAGUACACAGCCUCUGCAUGUGUAGAACUUUUCUGUGGUACAGUUUGCGAGCCCAUUGACCAGUAAAUUCCUGUGGUAACGUCUAUCGUGCGAUUUAAUGUGGUUUCAAAUCUUUGCGACCAUUUAAAUCAAAGCUGUUAUACGGCUGCUUAGCGUUUUGUGAACGGUUUUGUUGUUGAGUGACGUUUCAUAGUGCCUCACCGUCGACCUGUUUGAUUAAAUGGAAUUCAUCUAUUUAUCAUUUUUUAUAUUCUUUGCUUCUUCUUUUUUUUUCUUUAUAGAAAAAUAGACCCUUCUUACGUGCUUUUCUUUUACCUUUCUAUUUUUUAUAGGUAAUAGUUAAUAAAAAACCCCAUGAACACCUUGGUGUGAUGAUCGUGGAGUCAGGCUGGGGAUCCAUGAUACCUUGCGCCAUUAUCGCUCAUCUGGCAAAAGAUGGACCAGCAGCUAAGUCUGGCAGGCUCAAUGUUGGUGACCAGAUCCUUUCGGUCAACGGUACAAGUUUAGUCGGACUCCCUCUACUGGAAUGUCAAAAUAUCAUUAAGGUAUGCGGAGAUGUUAUCGCAUAGAGAAGCACUGCUGUAGUGGUUAUUACGACCGAUCAGCUUGCUUUUACAACGUGACCACGUUUUCCCUUUACCUGUCGUUUACUGUUCAAUAUGGUUGUUUCUGAAACUCCGGUUGGAGAGUUAAUGGAACGCGACUUUUUGGGUCGUUUCAGUGGAAACAUUUCCUUGAGCAAUGGAACGUCUGAAGAGGUAGUCUUGUUUUCUCGAUCGGAAUGCUCAAAACGGAAAAUAUUGGUGUUCCAUUUCUUCAAAGCCUUCUUUGAUACCAAUUUCAGGCUUUUUUCUGUAUAUGGCACUGAUUUGCACAAUUGGUAAACGCGAUUCCGGAAUGAAAUUUUCCGGUCGUGAAUUUUGCCUACUAUCUGCCCAAACCGUGAACCGACCGGAAUACCCAUUAAGUGGUAAACAACCUAUAUCUUAAAAACAGCGUGACAGGUCAAUGCAAUUUGUUCGGCUUGGUAAAUAAUAGAUAUGUUCCUGUGUUUGAGCGCGUACUUUUCGAAGUAUCCAUGUAGAACCUUUUCCGAAUCAAAAGAGAUUGCUAUCUUUCGUUUCAGGGUAUCCGACCAACCACAAAGGUGGUGAUGAAAAUCGUGUCAUGUCCUCCAACUGUACAAGUGGUGGUCAACAGACCGGACACAAAGUAUCAAUUAGGAUUCAGCGUGCAAAAUGGAAUGGUAAUUCUGUUUUUUCAUUUACAGUACCCCUUAUACAAACGACAACGUGUUACUAGAGAGUGUAUCGCCUCCUGUCUUCCUGUAUGGAAUCAUCCGGAUGAGAGGAACUUCCCUUUUGUAAGGAAAACAAAAUAAGCGGUUUUGCCCUUGUUUUUGAAACCGCGGCAUGAUUAGCUCAGUCGGUAGAACGCUUGACUGCAGAGUGGGAGGUCGCGGCUUCGAUUUCAGGGACCGGACCAAUACUCAUGGUGUUAAAAUGACUGAGAAAUGAAAGUGCUGCCUUUGCCCUGCAAAUGGCUAGACCUUCCCGUGGUUCGGAUGACCAUGUAAAGUGGCGGUUCCGUCUCCAGUAGGAGAAGUAAAAAUAGGUACCCAAUUAGUACUUUCGUGCUAAAUACAUUGACACUAAAAAAAGUGCAUUUUUUUUAAAAUUUCCCAAAUGGUUCAGGCGUCUAGUGCGUUUGCUGUAUGAGCAUCCGGCGCUAUUAUCCCUCAACUUACGUUCCCCUGGUUUUAAAGGACGGUACAGGCUCGAAAAGGAUUGUAACUAAGUGUUCACUGUUUAAGGGCGCUUUCCAAAAGUCAGAACUGGCCGUCCAGACCAUGGCUGGGGCAGCAUUUUGACAAUGAAAUAGGCUUUUCCCAACAGUUGUUGCUGAAAAACCAUCUCCUUCGUGCAUAGUAUUUAGGAUUUGACGGAUCUGGUUGGAUAGUUUUGAUUAGAAGUAAAAUUCUCAUUACUACGGGAAUGGUCUGGCCGGUCAGUUCUGACAAAUGGAAAGCGCCCUAAGACUUUCAUGUCGUUUUUUCUAUAGAUUUGUAGUCUCAUGCGCGGUAGCAUAGCUGAGAGAGGUGGAGUUCGAGUGGGACAUAGGAUUAUAGAGAUCAACAAUGAAAGUGUUGUAGCCACGACGCACCAACAUAUAGUAGAGCUUCUGGCUACUACAGUGGGGGAAGUG